AAGAAGAAUGACUAAACUUUUAAAACUGAACUAUUGUUAACAUCAAUAACCAACUUCUGUCUCUCUUUUCAUGCAGCUUACGCUAAAAAGUGGGGGAGGGGGAAAGGAGGAACUUGAGCUUCUUCAAAUUUAGUUUAGUCUGAAGUGACUGACUUAUGCUUAUGUAACACAUUUUUCUCCUUGCUGAUUGAUCUUAAACUUUAUGGCCAAAUAUUUCACAGUUGUCUUUUGGAAUUCCCCAUAGCUUGGAUGUUAGACUUUUCACUGUUCUUUAUGGUGUGGCACUGUAUCUAGGUAAAACACAGUUUGAAAUUAAAACUCUGUUCAAAAGUAGCAUAGUCUUCUAUGCAAAUUGCAGCAUAUGAGAAUAAAAGCACAUGGAUAUAUGAGUAACGUAAGAAUUUGUUUAAAGGGGGAAAAAUAAGAGUACUCAGUUAUUUCCGUGGGGGUGGAGCAGCAGCUGAGGUGCUGUUGUUUAAAGUACAAAUGUUUGAGGAAGUAGAAUGCAGCAGUCGUUUCACAUUCAAUUAUUUCUCAAGCUGCAGUCAAGGUGAAAAAUAGUGAUAGAGUAGUGAUUUCUGCUGUUGUCGUGAUCUCUUUGAGCACCAAAUCUGCCAGACCUGGAAGCACGCAGAAAAUGGUACCUUGUGCAAAGAUGUCAAAUGCAUUGCCAUUUAUCUUGCUCUUCAUAUUCCCACUGCUGCUGUCAGGGGCUUGGUUUCCCAAAACUUUACCCUGUGAUGUCAAACCUUCUGAAGAUACUGUGACAGUGGACUGCACUGACCGGCGCCUUACAGAAAUCCCCAGAGGGAUCCCAGGAAAUGCUACCAACCUUACGCUGAGCAUUAACCAUAUUCCCCACAUCCACCCAACAUCCUUUUAUCAUCUUGAAAACCUCCAGGAGAUUGACUUCAGAUGCAACUGUGUGCCUCUCAAAAUGGGGCCCAAAGAUAAUUUGUGCACCAGCCCACUGAAAAUUGAGAAUGGCAGUUUUGCUGCCCUGACAAGAUUGAAGUCAUUGUAUUUGGAUGCAAACCAGCUGGCAGGAAUACCCCAAGGCCUUCCUGCUACUUUAACCUUGCUGAGCCUGGAAGCAAACCAUAUCUUUUCUAUCCAUAAAGCCAGCUUCUCAGAGCUAGGAAACAUAGAGGUAUUGUAUCUUGGACAGAACUGUUACUACCGCAACCCAUGCAAUGUUUCAUUUGAAAUUGAGGAAACAGCCUUCCUGGGACUGAAAAAGUUAACAAUCCUAUCCCUGAAGUCCAACAACCUAACACGAGUCCCACCCAAUUUGUCAUCUACUUUAAAGGAAUUGUAUAUUUACAACAACAGGAUUCAAGAGAUUCAAGAACAGGAUUUAAGUGGCCUUCCCAACCUAGAAAUUCUCGACCUAAGUGGCAAUUGUCCGCGUUGCUACAAUGCCCCAUAUCCUUGCAUUCCCUGUCCCAAGAGCUCGAUUCACAUACAUUCAAAGGCUUUUGACUCCUUGGAAAAUUUAAGGAUUUUGCGGCUCCACAGUAACUCCCUUCAGAGCAUACCUAGCAGUUGGUUUAAAAACAUCAAGAAUCUCAAAGAACUUGACCUCUCCCAAAAUUUCCUUGUGAGAGAGAUUGGAGAUGCUCAGUUCUUGACAUUUCUCCCCAGCCUUAUGCAGCUUGAUCUGUCUUUUAACUUUGAGCUGAAGGUGUAUUCUCCCUUCUUGAAUCUUUCCACAACAUUUUCCUCCCUCUCUAACCUGGAAACCCUGAGGAUCAGGGGUUAUGUCUUUAAAGAACUGAGGGCAAAAGAUCUAAAUCCACUGCUCCAUCUUCGGAAUCUAACCAUGUUGGAUCUUGGGACAAAUUUUAUUAAAGUUGCAGACAUGACAGUGUUUGAAGAAUUCCCAGCUCUUAAGUUCAUUGACCUCUCCGUGAAUAAAAUUUCUCCUUCUUCAGGGGACAGCAAUUUCUGUGGAUUUUGCUCUAAUCCUGGUGUUUCAGUUGAGCAGUACAACAGACAAGUACAACAAGAGAUGCAUUAUUUCAGGUAUGAUGUGUAUGGGCGAAGUUGCCGUUCGAAAGACAUAGAGGCUUCUUCCUACCAAUCUUUAGUUAAGGAAGAUUGCCUUAACUACGGAAAAACUCUGGAUUUAAGCAGAAACAAUGUAUUUUUUGUUAACUCCGCAGACUUCCAGGGACUUAGCUCCCUCAAAUGUCUCAAUUUGUCAGGUAAUGCUAUAAGUCAAACUUUAAAUGGAAGUGAAUUCUCUUACUUGUCUGAAUUGAAAUAUCUGGAUUUUUCUAACAACAGGGUUGAUUUGCUAUACCAAACUGCCUUCAAAGAACUAAAACUUUUAGAAAUUCUAGAUCUGAGCAAUAACAAAUAUUAUUUUCUGGCAGAAGGUAUUACUCAUGUGCUUAGUUUUCUGAAAAAUCUCGUCCAUUUGAGGAAGCUGAUGAUGAAUGACAAUGACAUUUCUACCACUAUUGAUACGGGAAUGGAAAGUCAAUCUCUUCGAAUUUUAGAAUUCAGAGGAAAUCGUUUAGAUGCUUUAUGGAUGGAUGGCAAUGCUAGAUACUUGUCCUUCUUCAAGAAUCUGACCAGCCUGGAAGAACUGGAUAUUUCCUUCAACUCACUCAGUUUUUUGCCUCCUGGUGUUUUUGAAGAAAUGCCUCCCAGUCUCAAGAUCCUCAACUUAACCAAUAAUCGACUGAAGAGUUUUAUCUGGGGAAACCUCCCCUCUCUGAAGAACCUAGUGACUCUGGACUUGAGCAAUAACCUUCUGACUAAUGUUCCCCGAGAACUGUCCAAUUGCACUUCAUCUCUCCAAGAACUGAUGCUCCGAAACAAUCGCAUUCAGAGAUUGACUAAAUAUUUUCUCAGAGGUGCUUUUAAACUGAGGUACCUGGACCUCAGCUCAAACAAGAUUGAAAUAAUUAAGAAAUCUAGCUUCCCUGAAAAUGUCAUUAACAACUUGAAGGUGCUGCUUUUGCACGGCAAUCCUUUUAAGUGUAACUGUGAGGCUGUGUGGUUUGUCUGGUGGAUCAAUCAGACACAGGUGACCAUUCCUCUUCUGGCCACUGAUGUCACCUGUGCUGGCCCAGGAGCACAUAAGGGGAGGAGCGUGGUUUUCUUGGAUCUCUACACCUGUGAGCUGGAUACAUCAUAUUUUAUUCUGUAUGCUCUGUCAUCUUCAGCCGUCCUUGCCUUAAUGGUGUUCACAGUGAUGAGCCAUCUCUACUUCUGGGAUGUGUGGUACAGCUACCAUUACUGCACUGCCCGGCUGAAGGGCUAUCGGCGCUUGCCUUCACCUGCUGCUUGCUACGAUGCCUUUAUUGCCUACGACAGCGAAGACCCAGCUGUGAACGAGUGGGUGCUGCAAGAGCUGGUUGAAAGGCUGGAAAACCAAAAAGCCAGGCAGUUCAAUUUAUGCCUGGAAGGAAGGGACUGGCUCCCAGGACAGCCAGUCUUUGACAACCUUUCCCAGAGCAUUCAGCUGAGCAAAAAGACCAUAUUUGUGCUGACCAACAGGUACAUUAAAAGUGGCCGCUUCAAGACAACAUUUUAUAUGGCUCAUCAGCGGCUUCUGGAUGAAAAGAUGGAUGUCAUUAUCUUGAUAUUUCUUGAGAAGGUUUUGCAGAAGUCCCGCUACGUCCGUCUGAGGAAGAGGCUGUGCAGAAGUUCAGUCCUGGAAUGGCCAACUAAUCCUCAGUCUCAGCCCUACUUCUGGCAGUGCCUGAAAAAUGCCAUAGCUAUGAACAAUUCUCUGGCUUACAACAAGCUUCUCCAAGAAACUGUUUAGUUCUCCCAUUUUCCUUAAAUAUUGUUGUUAUACACAUGCACCUUGCUUGGCACUUUUUAGUGUGCAGCAAGAAAUUAUGCACUACCCCCUGGAAGUCACUGUUACAGAAAAUCACAUCUCCUGCGGUUGGGUCAAGUGUGGGUUAGACACUUGGUCAACAUGCUAAGUACACAGAAUGAUGUAGUUGUUGUGCCUUGCCUAAGGUUGCUGCUGUUCAGACACUGAUGGAAUAAAUGGGAUUUUAAUAAAAAGGUAUAGUUUAUUUGCUAUAUUUAUGAAAAUCAAGAAAAGAAGUCACUGACACAUUUGUGUCCAGAAAUAGCUUUAGAAAAGGUCAUUCUUUGAUCUCAGGAGUUGGGAAAAUAAAAGAUUUUUUAUCUUUUCAUCUUAGGCUUACACCUUCUGAGUCUACCACUUCUGUCUGAGUGGGGAAACUGGGAAAAGCAAAUUCUGUUGGGACUAAUGUCAGGGCUUGGGUCUAGUACAGGAACUCUCCCAUUGUUGCACAAUCAAAAAGCUCACAAAUCUGAAGAGACUUGAAGUAUGUAUGUGACUGAAGUGGAGAUAUGAGUUCAGAAGAUCUUGUAGACUGUAGGUAAAAAGGAGUUACAAGAUAAAGGGAUUCCUUGUGCAUGGGUGCAAGAAGGAGAGGACAGUAGGUGGGCAGUGGGAGAGGUACAAGGCAGGUGGAGAAAUUCAGUUAAACCAAAGAGACAAAGAACUAGAUAUAUUCCAGAUCCCUUCCAACCCAAACCAUUCUAUGAUUCUGUGAUCUCAGCUCCCUCUGGCAGUUCCUUGCCUAGGUCUUCUGUCUGUUCCUUUCUUUAAAUAGUCCCUUUUUUAUUUAGUUUAGUAGGCAGGCAGACAGACAAGAACACAAAAAUAAACAAGAAAACUAAUGCUUAUAUAAUAUUACAGGCAGUAAGGAUUUUUUUCCUCCAAAUUAUCAUAGUGGUGUUAUUGAUUUACAACAGAAGCAGGAGAUGGAUCAGGGCCUGUUUAGAAGAGUGGAUGUUUUUAUUUUAUUUUAACAUUGGAAGGAGCAUCUGGGGAACUGAAGGCUUGUCAGCCUGACAUCAGUGCCAGUGAAGGUCAUGGAGCCGAUCAUCUUGAAUGGCAUCACGCAGGAAGUACAGGAAAAUCAGGGUAUAAGGUCCAGCUGGCAUGGGUUUAUGAAAGGUAGGUCUUCCUUGACCUGCCUGGUCUCUUUCUGUGACAAAAUGACCUGCUUAGUGGAUGAGGGAAAGGCUGUGGAUGUUGUCUCUCUAGAGUUUAGUAAAGCCUUUUACAUAAUUCUCCAUAGCAUUGUUUAGGAGGAGAAAAGGCGGCUCAGGGACACCACCCGAAAGGAGGUUGUUCUCAGUGAGACUCAGUCUUCUCUCUCAUGUAGAAAGUGACAGGAUGAAAUAAAAUGGAGUGGAGUUGCACCAGAGAAGGUUUACAUUAGAUAUUAGGGAAAAAAAUCAUGGAAAAGGUUGUCAAGCAAUGGAACAGACUACCCAGGGAAGUGGUAAAGUCAACAUCCCCGCCAUUGUUUAAAAAACACAUGGAUCUGGCAUGUGAUAUGUUUUAAUGCUGAAUAUGGUCAUGGUGCUUGGUUGAUGAUUUGAUUUGAUAAUCUUAAAGUCUUUCCAACCUUAAUUAUUUUAUUAUGCUGUGAUUUCUUAUGGUUGUGUUUUUAAACAAUGAUUUGAAGUUCAAAUACUUUGUGCUCAUUGUGACUGAGACAGUCACCAAUCACCACUUUGCCCAACAAAUCUAGGUGGGCAUGUUCCCUCGUUGGUUCCCUUAAUAUCUCCACCAAGAAAUCAUCUUCAACAUGGUACAAGACUGCUUGUGUCCAUUGUAUAAUGUUCUAAAUUGAGGUGUAGGAAGUUAAGAUCACCCCUAAGGACAAGGACAGCUUACCUAGAGAUAUUUUCUUAAUUGCUUUUGGAAUAAUUCCUUAGAGUCAUGGUCCAGAUGGGUGGUUGAUAGCAUACUCCCACAACAACACGCAUCUUCAUCCUUUCCAGAGACUCUUGACCACAUCGUCACCAACCCCUCCCUCAUAUAAAGAGCCAUCCCCUCACUUCCUGCACUGCCUAUCCUUCCUGACGAGCCUAUAACUAUGUUAUAACACAGUAACACAAUGGAUCAACAGUAUUGUUUUAUUUGGUAAAGAUAUUUCUUAAAAGCAAGAUCAUUUAACCCACAUUACUUUGCAGUUAAGUUGUUAAUAACCCCGAAGACUGGGGCCACAAUUAUGCCAAAGUUUACACAUGAGCACUACACUAAAGGCAUUUAAUGCACUGUAUCAGUUCAGUUGCUUUAUA